AUGUCGACUCUCGCUUAUCCUCCUUCUUCCUCAUCAUCUUCCAUCUCCUCUUAUCGACCGGCCUCACCACUUUCCAGACCAUGUUCUCCUCUAUCCAAUGCAUCGGCAUCUCACUCCUACUCUCGAUCUACUUCGCCACAUUAUCAGCAUACCAGCAAAGCUAAAUCUGUAUCGUCAAUUCCCACUUAUCAUUCAAUCCAUCGGUUGACCCAGACACAAAUGUCAUUGGAUCAAGCCGGGUCCUCGAAUUCAAGUACGAAUACAAUAUCAAGAAGUUCAUCAUUGAAACAUCGACCUCAAUCACCUAAUUUUAGAGAAUUGCCGAACUCGGGAUUAUCAAGAUCUUCGUCAGUACGUUCAUGUAGAUCAAAGAAAUUCAUCUCGGAAACUCAAAUUCAAACCCAACCUCAAUCACCAUCUAGAUUACCUUCUAUAGAUUGCGUUUCUUAUUUUCCCCCUUUCGAAGAUAUGGGAAGUACCUCUUCUUCUGAUGAUGCUGAAACUGCUCGAGAUCAUGGACUACCUUCACGACUGGAAAGGAAAUCGAGUCAUCAUAGUCAUCAUAAAAAGGGGAAAAGUCUAAGUUCGAUUGCUGGUAUAAUGUCUGCUUCUUUAUCUUGGAGUCUUUCAGGUCUGGCAUGUACCAGCCCUACUACUACUUCGCCCAAUCAUCAGAAUAAAGAUGGAAACGAUGAUAAGGUUGUUGAAGCUCUGACUAAGCGAUUCUCUUCUUCAUCUUCGACAUCCUCCAAAAGAAGAGUAUUGGAACCGUUCACCUUGACUCCGUUAGAUCUGGAAACGACAACGAGUCACGAUGGAGAGGAUAGAUGUAAGAUGCAUAAGAGAAGGAUGAGGAGCGAGAUCGAAGUGGAUUUAUCCCUAGUCAGAAGUAAUAGUCUGAAAGAGAAAUUACAUGUGAGAGGUAAUAGUUUGAAAGGUGGAAGGGAUUCGAUGAAUGAUGAGGAUCUAGUGGAGAAUAUGUUAGCAAAUACACCCUCCCGUCCUUCCGCUCCAUCUACCCGUCGUACUCGACCUAAUCUUCGACUGCCUAUCCCCACUUUACCCAACUGGCGAUUCCCCCUUGGUCCGUCACCACCCGUCACAUGCCUAUCACCCGAUAUCCCUCUAGAAGCAUUUUCGACAGCUAUAGAUAAUCCCUGUCUUUUGACACCUUCUAGAACUACCUUCUCUCAGUCCCACUCCCCUUCUACAGGAGGAGAAGAAGUGGAAGGGGACGAAGUUGAAGUGGAAGUUAUAGAUUGUGGAUUAUCCGUUUCGGCCUCUCCAUCACCUACUAGUCCAUGUUCAUUUGGGAACGGACCAUCUACACCUCCUAAAGAUCAUAUCGCAGAAGAUAAAGUAUCUAUACAUAUUAACUCUUUAUCUCCAUGGUCAAAUUCCAAAGAAACUAAAUCUAAUAUGGAUGUGGACCUGGAUUUGAGAAGGAUUGAAAGUAGGACUAGCGAAUUAAGCAUAGAAACUAUCAAGAUCAAACAACCUAGUAAUGGCUGGUUGGACGUUACUCCUAAACUUAGUAAAAUAGUUAAGAGGGACAACUGA